GUGUGUACAUGAUGUGAAGACAAUCGUACAGAGCAUCACACAGGGAGUCAGGACGGAGCUGGAGAGGCUUCGUGCCAUCUGGGUCUGGCUGUGCCACAACAUCGAGUACGACGUGAACGGGUACCUCGGCCGCUCAGAGAAGUUGAGUUCCCCAGAGGAGGUGAUCGCGGCCGGUCGGGGCGUCUGCUGCGGCUACUCCAGCCUCUGUACAGAGAUGUGCAGAGAGGUGGGUAUCGAGUGCCAAGAGGUGCCCGGCCACAGUAAGGGCAUCGGGUACCGUCAGGGCCAGAGCCUCAACAAUGUGAAAUCGGAUCACCUGUGGAACGCCGUGCUUCUCGGGGGACAGUGGUUCCUGUUGGACGCCUGUUGGGGAGCGGGACGAGUGGAUAUGGAACACGAGAGCUUCGUCAAAAGGUUCGAUGAGUUCUAUUUCCUCACGGACCCAGAGGAGUUCAUCGAGUCGCACUUCCCCGAUGAGGAGAAAUGGCAGCUCCUGGAGACGCCCAUACCCCUGGAGGAGUUUGAGAGGAGGGUCUUCAAGACCUCGGCCUUCUUCACCAUGGGGCUCAGACUGAUUCAGCCUCAUCACUUCCACAUGGUCACAGACGGAGGUGAGGCGAACGUGUCCCUCGGCUUCUCCAGACCUGCUACCUUCACCUAUGAGAUCACUCAGCACCAGGACCUCCUCCACUGUGGAGCGUCAGAGCAGAAAGACUCCGGCAACUCGUCCUUCGGCCUCCUGACCGUCUCCCAUCGAAACAUGAAGCUGCAGCUCCUGCCUCCUGCCAGCGGCACAUACGACGUGAAGGUGUUUGCCAGACCCGAAGCAGCCGUCACACCUCUGACGUGGGUCUGCUCCUUCACAGUCGAGUGUCAGACCCCCCGGGCCAGGGAGGAGAUCCCAGAGAAUCCCUUCUUGUCCUGGGGCCUGCAGCCUGUCGCCGGGUCUCUGGGCAUCACAGGCAGCAGCCAGGGCAGCGAGGUGGCUGAGGUGGAAGACGGCGUCUUUGAGCUGGUGUUGAAGACAUCCAGGCCUCUGAUGGUGCUGUGUGAACUGGUUCAUCCAGAGCUGGAAGCUGCUGUAGCCAAGCGCUGCCUGGCUACUCAGAUUCAGCCGGAUGCUCUGACCUGCCACGUCCUGUGUUCGUUACGUGGCUUCUACCGCCUGUCGGUGUUUGUGCGGGACUACGAGAAAACAGAGGUCAAGUUCCAGAACGCCGCAAACAUCCUGUUACACUGCAAAGGGAAGGUGGUCGGACUGGAUGAGCUCUUCCCUCCGAACUUGGGCUCUGUGUGCGGUCCCGGGACCCGCACGUCGGAGGCGGGGCUGUCCAAAUUCAGCCAUACGGCGGCGUUGGUGAGCACACAGCAGGGCAAGUGUAACAUCACCUUCCACAACCAGCGGGACCUCGAGCUUCACACGGUGCUCAGCAGAGAAGAGACGAAAACAGCAGCUAUUCCACUUUCACGCCACCUUUUCUGCACGUACACAGACAGCAAGGUGACGGUGAGCGUCAGCCUCCCUGACGCCGGGGUGUAUCGGCUGGGCCUGUACGCCAGGACCGCCCCUGGUGGAGAUUUCAACCCCAUGUGUGACUUUGUUCUGAGGAACAGCUGCGAUCAGCCGGGGCCUCCGUUCCCCUGCGUCUACUCAGCCUGGAGGAAAGGCUGCGUGCUCUUUGAGCCCCGCGUGGGCCUGCUGGAGCCCCUCUCCUGGGUCCGCUUCAGGGUGAGGGUCCCCGGGGCCCAGAAGGUGAGCGUGGUGGGAGAGACGCGAACUGAUCUCAAACUGAACAAGAGCAGAGUCUGGGAGGGUGAGGUUUCCAGUGGAAACGGUCUCCAGCAACUGAAACUGGCGGCGUCCUCGGGGGAGUCCAGCGACAUGGCUGUUCUAAUGUCCUUCGACAUCAAGCAGUUGGAGAGAGAAGCGUGAAAUAAAAAGGCCGGAGGAAACCAGAUGGACACUUUCUGAAUAUAGCUGUUCACUGCCUUGUGAAGAUUCUGAUACGGACUAAUACAAAUCACUGUGAGACACAAUCUUUCAGGUUUUUACUGCCACUCAUACGUAGGUGUGUGGAUUUUAACUCUGAGUCUUUGAACGUGUGUAAUUUUGUAGAAACCUAACUUCUCUGUUUCCGGGGAUCUUCAGAGAGCUGUGAUCUGACCCAGGUAUUGUUACGAUUGACAGAGGUUCUCAGCCGUGGUGCUAAAUGUCAAACACAUCAGGAGUGUACUUGUGGGUAAUUAUGUUUUAAGUAAAUAUGUUUUAUGAAAUGAUGUUUGUCAGCAUGCUAAUAAAAAAUACUAUAAAAGUAUUGAAAUAUGAACGACUGAUGAUUUGU